AUGGCCGUCGAGACGUUGAACGUCUUGACACGGGCCUGUACUGGGUAUCCGUACGAGAAGAUGGAGUUAGAGAACCCUCCGACUGAUACGUCGGAAUUGACCUCGCUUCCAUUGAGGCAACUCUUCGCAGGAAGCGCCACUGAGAGUGAGGAUACUUUCAGUGCCAAGACCAAGAAGGAGCGCUUCGAGGAGCAGAGUAGGGACUCACUGAAGUCGAGUACCUAUAACAAGAUUCUGCGAGAGCACAGGGACGUGCUCCCGGACGAGAUCCCUGCGGAGCUUCCGCAGGACAAGGGAAUACAGCACGAGAUUGAUAUCGUGCCGGGGUCGAAGUAUUGUGUCAGUGGCCACGGCCGCGGGAGCAAGUGA